AUGUUGUCAACCAAAACCAUAGAUUCUGCUCUAUCAGACAUAGCCAAUAACCCAGCUCACGUCGCCGAGCAAAGAUCAGAAGCAAUGACUCCUUCUUCUAUCCCAGCUGAAGAUGGUGACGGUGAUCAAACCCACACAAAGGAUCUCGAAGGUGUCUCUGAGGGUCUCUUAGAUCAGGCUGAAGGCAUCGAAGUACCCACAGUCGAUGAUGGUACCAUAACACCUGUGACAAGGAACACGAAAAAGAAGAAUGUAGCUGUUUUGACUAGUGGUGGUGAUAGUGCAGGAAUGAACGCUGCUGUUCGUGCGGUUGUCAGACAAUCUAUCGCUAGAGGAUGUCAAGCUUAUAUCAUUCGAGAGGGAUGGGAAGGAUUAGUACGGGGAAAUACGACUGAUCCUACACCUUCAGCAACACCCAAAAGAACUCCAGUUGCAUCAGCCAACCAAUCGCCAAACUUACAACCUGUUUCCAAUAACAAUACGAAAUCAGUUGCAUUCGCUUCUUUACCACCUUCCAAGCAGAUGGAACUCAGAGAAGCUACAGCUGCACUUGACAGUCAAGCUGAACUGGACGAAGACAAAAUUAGAGUUAAUUUCACAGAUCCAGGAAGUGUAGCUCCUUUAUCAAACGCUCCAUUGAGUUUUGGAUUUGGUGAAUUACUUAAAGAUGGUGCGGGCGAAGGUGAUAUAGAAGAAAUGGCUGCUAUAGGUAUGCAAGGUUUGGUAGUAGCGGAUGAAGAGGAUGAACAAGGUAGAAGUUUAAAAGGUAGAUAUAUUGUAAGAGUAGGCUGGGACGAUGUGAGAGGUUGGUUAGGUGAAGGUGGUACUUUGAUCGGUAGCUCAAGAUGUCCUUCUUUCCGAGAAAGAUCAGGAAGACUCAAAGCUGCUCACAACCUUAUCAAGCACGGUAUUGACUGUUUAGCUGUAUGUGGUGGUGAUGGAUCUUUGACUGGUGCAGAUAAGCUGAGAGGAGAAUGGCCAAGUCUUAUGGAUGAGCUCCUUGAGACCGGUGAAAUCACUGAGGAUCAAAGAGAAAGCUACAGGCACUUGAACAUAGUUGGUCUCGUUGGUUCUAUCGAUAAUGAUAUGUCAAUGACCGAUUUGACGAUUGGAGCUCCCACAGCUCUUCACCGAAUCUGUGAAUCUAUCGAUUCUAUCGCAUCUACCGCUUCUUCUCAUUCUCGAGCGUUUGUUAUCGAAGUUAUGGGUCGACACUGUGGAUGGUUAGCUUUAUUGGCUGGUGUAGCAAUGGGAGCAGAUUUCAUAUUCAUUCCUGAAUCACCUCCAACUACCGAUGAUUGGGAGACUGAAAUGUGUAACCUCCUCCAAUCUCACAGAAAAGUCGGCAAAAGAAAGUCAAUCGUUAUUGUUGCAGAAGGUGCUCUUGACAGAAACCUCAAACCUAUUAAACCUGAUUAUGUCAAAGAUAUCCUCGUAGAUCGAUUGGGGCUUGAUACUAGAGUUACCACCUUAGGUCAUACCCAAAGAGGUGGAAGGCCUUGUGCUUUCGACAGAAUCUUGCCCACUUUACAAGGUGUACAAGCUGUUCAAGCCCUUCUCGAAGCAACACCCGAAACUCCCUCAUACAUGAUUGGUAUUCAAGAGAAUAAAAUCACCAAAGUACCCCUCCUUGAGGCAGUUGCGCAGACCCAAGCUGUUGCCAAGGCUAUCGAAAACAGAGACUUCGUCAAAGCUAUGUCGUACCGAGAUUCUGAAUUCCGAGAAAUGUUACAAGCUUUCCAAAUAAGUUCUUCGCUUGCUGUAAACGAAGAGGCGCCCAAGGACAAGCGACUAAGAAUUGGUAUAGUCCAUGUCGGUGCACCUGCAGGAGGAAUGAACGCAGCUACCAGACAAGCUGUACGAUUUUGUCAUAACCGUGGACAUACUCCUGUAGCUAUCUACAACGGUUUCGAAGGACUUCUUGACGAUAAUGUGUCUGAGCUCUCUUGGUUACGAGUAGACACAUGGACUACCCGAGGAGGAUCAGAAUUAGGUACCAACCGAAGCUUACCUAACAUCGAUCUUGGCAAUGUCGCUGCUGGUUUCCAACGACAUGGUUUAGACGCUCUUUUGGUUAUUGGUGGAUUUGAAGCGUUCAAUUCUGUACUUAUAUUAGAGCAGAACAGAGCAAAUUACCCAAGUUUCCAAAUUCCGAUGGUACAUUUACCUGCAACCAUCUCAAACAACGUGCCAAUGACCGAUUUCUCACUUGGUAGUGAUACUUCCCUCAAUGCUUUGGUAGAUGCUUGUGACGCUAUCAAACAAUCAGCAUCAGCAAGUAGGAAUCGAGUCUUCGUCGUUGAGACACAAGGUGGUAUGAGUGGUUAUCUCGCUACUAUGGGUGCUUUAGCUGUUGGUGCUGUACUCGUCUACACUCCUGAAGAUGGUAUCUCCCUCAAACUGCUUCAAGAGGACGUAGAGUUCUUGACCAAACGAUACUCCUUAGACACCAAGGGCAAGAGUGAAGGUCGACUCGUGAUCAAAUCUGAGAAAUCAUCUAGUAUCUAUACCACUGAGGUUCUUACCAAGAUCUUCAAAGAAGAAGGUAAAGAACUUUUCGAUGCAAGAUCAGCUUCUUUAGGUCAUACAUUACAAGGUGGAACGCCUUCACCCAUGGAUCGAACUCGAGCAGCACGAUUAUCUUUGCGAUGUAUGCAGUUCCUGGAAAGUCACGCGACACCUCAUUCUCAAUCUGCUCACCGAGGUAAAAAAGCAAAGAAAUACACAACCGAAUCAGCAACUAUGAUAGCUAUUCGCGGAAGCAAAAUAGUCUACGCAACAAUGGAAGAAGUAAUGAAACAUACUGAUAUGAAAUUAAGGAGAGGUAAAGAUGAAUGGUGGUCUGAUAUCAAACGAUUAGCGGAAAUCAUGGGUGGUAGACAAGGUUUAAUUGGAGCUUAA